AUGGACAUACGGGGCAGAUCCGGACAGGAGGCUCUAGUCGGAUCAGAGACUAGGAAGCUUUGUCUUCGUCAUCCUGACUGUACUGUCUCGAAUAGACUUCGUUCACGGGUACUUGAACAUCUGUACUACAAUUUGGCUUGUGUCACGAACUUCUCUGCAGCUGACUCCACCCUAUUUCAGGGUAACCAAUUUCGACGCAGCUUUCGCCCUUGUUCUUCCGCAAGAGAGAGUCCUAUUCGUUUCUUUACUGACAGUCGUGAUUCUUCCUCUGGAAUGACUUUAUGCAUGGAUAAAACCCCAAUAGGUUCUCUUGGCACCACCAUCAAUAGUAGCUGUAGCAGCAGUGGUCAAGGCAGUAAUGGCAACAGCAUAAGCAGUAAUGACGAUUGUUGUAGCAGCUCUAAUGAGGGAAGUGUCGAAAAUGUGGAAGAAAAAUCUAGAGUUAACAAUGAUUUCGCUACCGCUUAUAAUCUUCUUUUCUCAUUUCUGUUCUAUCGCUAUCAGGUCAAGGAGCAAAUGAAGCUCUAA